CUGGGCUUCCCCUUCCCUCUUCAGACCCAGGACGCCCAGACACCCCGGGUCUGAGAGAUGCGGCAGCUGCUGCUGCUGCUGCCCCUGCUGUGGGCAGGGUCCCUGGCUCAGGACUGGAGCUACCGGCUGGACGUGCAGGGGAACGUGACGGUGCAGGAGGGCCUGUGUGUCUGCGUGCCCUGCUCCUUCUCCUAUCCCGAGAACGACUGGUCUGCGCCUGUUCACGGCUACUGGUUCCGCGAAGGGGCCAAUACGGACCAGGACCCUCCAGUGACCACAAACAACCCAGCUCGUGAAGUGCAGGAGGAGACCCGGGGCCGAUUCCACCUCCUUGGGGAUCUUCUGAACAGGAACUGCUCCCUGGGCAUCAGAGAUGCCAGGAGGAGUGACAGUGGCUCUUACUUUUUUCGGGUGGAAAGAGGAAAUGCAAAAUGGAAUUACAAGUCUAAGCAGCUCUCCGUGCACGUGACAGCCCUGACCCAGGCGCCCCACAUCCUCAUGCCCGAGACCCUGGAGUCCGGCCACCCCAGGCGCCUGACCUGCUCUGUGCCCUGGGCCUGUGAGCGGGGCACGCCCCCCGUCUUCUCCUGGACCUCAGCUGCCCUCACCACCCUGGGCCCCAGGACCCGCCUCUCCUCCGUGGUCACCCUGACCCCACAGCCCCAGGACCACGGCACCAGCCUCACCUGUCAGGUGAUGUUCCCCGCAAGCGGCGUGACCGUGGGAAGGACCAUCCAGCUCAAUGUCACCUGUUCUCCACUGAACUCGAAGAUGGGUGUCUGCCCAGGGGGAGGCCCAGGGGAACCAGGGACCAGGGCAGCAGUGGUGAAGGGGGCCGUUGCGGGCGCCGGCGUCACCAUGGGGCUUGUUCUCUGCUUCUGCCUCGUCUUCUUCAUAGCGAAGACCUGCAGGAAGAAGGCAGCCAGGACCACAGAGGGUGUGGACGACCAGCACCCCGCCCUUGGGCCAGCUCCCCUGCGUCGCCAGCAGGAGUCCCAGGACGAGGGUCCUCCGGGCCCCGCCAGCUCUGCGGGGGGCGCGCCUACCUUGGGGCUGGAUCAGGACGUGCAUUAUGCGUCCCUCGUCUUCCACGGGGUAAAGCUGCAGAAGGUCACCGACCCAGAAUACACAGAGAUCGGGACCCGGUGAGGAGGUGACGCAGCUCCCGGCCUCUGCGAGAAGGGGCCCCGCAGGCUGACACCUGGCGACGGGACGUCUCCCUGCGGGCAGUGGGUUUCCGAACUGCUGUCUCCACCGCUCCGCCAGGGAGGACGCUGUCUUGGGCUUUGUGAUCAGAGACUCAAGGUCCCACCAGGGCGCUUCCAUUUGGGAAGAGCGGGACACCAGGCAGCCUCCUUACCCCUCUGUGUCUUGGUGUCUUGCUUUGGGGAAGGGGGUGUGAGGAGUCCAGCCUCACGGGGUUGCAGUGAGGAUCAAAUGGAAGUGUGGUUGGCAAUGAUG